AUGCCUGAUCGAUCUAUGACCCCAGUGGCACUGCCUUCGGCAACAUCUACAACCUCAGAAACCUCCUCGACUUUUUCAACGACAUCCGCUACAGAUAGCUCUGCCGCUACUACAACGGUAGCACCUACUCAAACAUCACCAGCGCUAUCCUCCUCGUCAUCGUCUGGGGUAAACAAGGGCACAAUCGUAGGUGGUGUUGCCGGCGUAGCUCUCAUUGCAGCCUUCCUUUGGCUCUUCAUGAAGGGCCGAUCACGGCCUCAGCCUAUACCCAUACAUGGCGGUGAUAUACCGAUAGCUGACUACAAGUACAUGCAAAGCUCGCCCGUAGAAAUAGACGGACGAAGAUACCCUCAUGAGCUGGAGAGCCGACCUAAUCAGUCGGCUCUCAUGAGUUACCAGUGGAGCUUCCAGGUCGGUGAUGGGGGGAAGGAACCGAAUUGA